GAUUCUACGUUCUUGCUUACACUUGAGCGAUGUGCCUGUGCAGUGUUCAUAAUAAAUAAAUAUGUUAUUGUUUUAGCUAGUGUUGGUGGAACGUUGAUUAGCUGGUUUAUGGUGUCCAAUUUGGAACUUGUUCACCAUGUGGUUGUACACCUUCUUCAGCCUUGCGUUCAGCAAAAUACUGGAUGUGACCGCCUUCUCCAUCAACACAGAUAAUCAGAUAUUCGGGCAACAUAUAGACUUAGUAUACGGUAGCUGUACGGUGGGAAAUACGACAUACUUCCACGGAGAGACAUUCAAAUUGGAUUGCCGAACACAAUGCGUUUGUCAGAACGGAAGACACGCAUGUUCGACCCUUUGUCCGCACGAGAACCUGCCGCCACCGAACGAUACAGCCAUCUGCGUGGGACCCCGGCUGGUGGAGCUGCCGGAUCAUUGCUGCCGGGUGUGGCUCUGCGAGCAGCCAACCACCGACGUGAAUGCAACUUGCUACAACUCAUCCACAACGGUGUGGUCGCCAUGUUCACAAAGCUGCGGAAUCGGAGUAUCCACUAGAAACAUUACCACAACACCCGGCUGCCAGAGGCUAAGCACCGUACGGCUCUGCGAAAACCAUAAAUGCAACCGGCAGGACAAUAAGUACUACAACAUCGCCGUCGACGAUGAGUACGGCGAUGGCCAGCGGAUGGUGGACGGUAGAAGUUCGAAACAUCAACAGCAGCGUUAUCAUGUGGUCAACAGUUUGCUGCUGCUGGGCGAACCGGAGCAUCGUAGGCGGAAAGGCCACGAGUGCCGGAGUAUUCAACGCACAGCAUCCUCGCGAUUACGGUUGGGACCUUGUGUUUCGCGGAAGCUUUAUCGGCCGAAAACCUGCGGCCACUGUCAGAAUCCAAACAUGUGCUGUGUGCCUUCAAUUACCACAACUGUUAAAGUUGAACUUCUGUGCCCGUUGAACUCGGGCGAUCCGUUCGAAUUCAUCGAGCACGGGUACGACCUGUGGGACAGCGCUGCGAUCGACCCACUGGAUCAGGAGAUGCUACAGUCGCGGCAGAUUCAAAUCGAGAACAGGUUCGUCGAUGUCCAGUGGGUGCUGAAAUGCGAAUGCGGACCGAAAAGCAAAAACUGUCAUCCCCGAAAGAGCUCGGACCCGGCAAUCAGUAGGAUCAGCAGAACCAACGUCGGUAUUGAAGGCACCGUUUCCGGUAGAUCGUCACCAGUAGCAGUGGACUCCGGCAGCAUACCGUCGCACCCGGGCAAACAUCGACAGCAUCACCAGCGCCGGCGACAACGGAAGAACCAGCACCAUCCGGACGCGGUCAGUGGUGGCGGUGGUCCUGACGGGAGCGCUGAACUUCUGAAGCGGGUUCAUCGGACAUAA